UAUGGCGUCCUCCUUGAUGUGCUGAUGAGAGGAGUUUCACUGUAGCUUCAAACCAGAGGGCAAAACUCCCCAAACCCAGUAAGCCCACAUUACGCGUUUUCUCCGCGGCUCCGUGUCGCCUGUUUCUUAGGACUCGUUCUCAGGCAGGAGAGAGCCACGGGGCCGGAGGCCAGGACCGGCCAGGCCGCGCGGACCCGGGGCUGAGGAGCCGGCUGCGGGCAAGCACGAUGGGCCCGUCCUGGCUCUGGUUGCAGCAGCUCCGGCGAGUGCGAGAUCCGCAGGGCUGAAAGUGGCUGUAGGAGACCCGAGGCGCUCUGAACCUCUUCCCCUCGGCCGAAGACCUCAGCCCAGUCGGCAAACCGGCACCAGGAGCGGGCGGCCUGCCUGUCCUCGGAUCGGCUGAGGCGUUGGAGACCGAGAGCAGGGUCAUCGUGAGGCCUGGAAUCUCGCACGCCUUUGACAGCUCCGCUCGCAGCCCCUCCGGGAACGGACAGCCUCAGAAGCAGCCGGUGACUUGGGAUCUGGGGGCGUGUGUGUCUGUGAGGAGCUCCUUGGGUUCCCUCAUUUCCCACCGCUCUUCCCACCCCUUCUGACUUCUCGCGCAGAGUUAGAGAGAAGGAUCUCAGACUUCUUGCCUCAGCGAGGAUCUCCGCACACUCUCCAUCCAUUUCUUUUUCUACUUUUCCCUUCUCUGUUUUUUAUUUCACCAAUUCUGGUACACACUAGUUUUUAAGGCUGGAGGUUCUCGAGCGCUUGCUGCCCAGGACUCCCCCACCCCCUCCCCCGCUGAUGGAAUCCGAGAUGCUGCAGUCGCCUCUCCUGGGACUCGGGGACGAAGAUGAGGCUGAUCUUACUGACUGGAACCUGCCUUUGGCUUUCAUGAAAAAGAGGCACUGUGAGAAAAUUGAAGGCUCCAAAUCUUUAGCUCAGAGCUGGAGGAUGAAGGAUCGGAUGAAGACCGUCAGCGUUGCCUUAGUUUUGUGCCUGAAUGUUGGUGUGGACCCUCCAGAUGUGGUGAAGACUACUCCUUGUGCACGUUUGGAAUGCUGGAUUGAUCCUCUGUCAAUGGGUCCUCAGAAAGCCCUGGAAACCAUUGGUGCGAAUUUACAGAAGCAGUACGAGAACUGGCAGCCAAGGGCGCGGUACAAGCAGAGCCUCGAUCCAACUGUGGAUGAAGUGAAGAAGCUUUGCACGUCUUUACGUCGAAAUGCCAAGGAGGAGCGGGUCCUCUUCCACUACAAUGGGCAUGGGGUGCCCAGGCCCACUGUGAACGGCGAGAUUUGGGUCUUCAACAAGAACUACACUCAGUACAUCCCCCUGUCUAUAUAUGACCUGCAGACAUGGAUGGGCAGCCCCUCCAUAUUCGUCUACGACUGCUCCAACGCUGGUCUCAUUGUCAAGUCCUUCAAACAGUUUGCCCUGCAGAGGGAGCAGGAGCUGGAGGUCGCUGCUAUUAACCCAAACCACCCACUGGCCCAGAUGCCUUUGCCCCCAUCCAUGAAGAACUGCAUUCAGCUGGCAGCCUGUGAGGCCAACGAGCUCCUGCCCAUGAUCCCCGACCUUCCAGCCGACCUAUUCACGUCAUGCCUCACCACCCCCAUCAAAAUCGCCCUGCGCUGGUUUUGCAUGCAGAAAUGCGUUAGUCUGGUGCCUGGAGUCACACUGGAUUUGAUAGAAAAGAUUCCCGGGCGGCUGAACGACAGGAGGACCCCCCUGGGCGAGCUGAACUGGAUCUUCACGGCCAUCACGGACACCAUUGCAUGGAACGUGCUUCCUCGGGAUCUCUUCCAAAAGCUCUUCAGACAGGACCUAUUGGUGGCUAGUCUGUUUCGAAAUUUUUUAUUGGCGGAAAGGAUCAUGAGGUCAUAUAACUGCACCCCCGUCAGCAGCCCACGCCUGCCCCCCACGUACAUGCACGCCAUGUGGCAGGCCUGGGACCUGGCUGUCGACAUUUGUCUCUCCCAGCUGCCGACCAUCAUCGAAGAAGGCACGGCAUUUCGGCACAGCCCCUUCUUUGCUGAGCAGCUGACCGCCUUCCAGGUGUGGCUCACGAUGGGCGUGGAGAACAGGAACCCACCUGAGCAGCUUCCCAUUGUCUUACAGGUGCUGCUGAGCCAAGUGCACCGGCUGAGAGCCCUGGACCUGCUGGGAAGAUUUCUGGACCUGGGUCCCUGGGCGGUGAGCCUGGCCUUGUCUGUGGGUAUUUUCCCCUACGUGCUGAAGCUGCUCCAGAGCUCAGCCAGGGAGCUGCGGCCUCUCCUUGUCUUCAUCUGGGCCAAGAUCCUCGCCGUGGACAGUUCGUGCCAAGCUGACCUGGUGAAGGACAACGGCCACAAGUACUUCCUCUCGGUCUUGGCAGAUCCGUACAUGCCAGCUGAGCACAGGACCAUGACAGCCUUCAUUCUGGCUGUGAUCGUUAACAGCUAUAACACGGGGCAGGAAGCCUGCCUCCAGGGAAACCUGAUCGCCAUCUGCCUGGAGCAGCUCAACGAUCCCCACCCCCUGCUGCGCCAGUGGGUGGCCAUCUGCCUGGGCCGGAUCUGGCAGAACUUUGACUCGGCCCGGUGGUGCGGGGUGAGGGACAGCGCUCACGAGAAGCUCUGCAGCCUUCUCUCCGACCCCAUCCCUGAGGUGCGCUGCGCAGCAGUCUUUGCCCUCGGCACAUUUGUGGGCAACUCCGCAGAGAGGACGGACCACUCCACCACCAUCGACCACAAUGUGGCCAUGAUGCUGGCCCAGCUCAUCAACGACGGCAGCCCCGUGGUCCGGAAGGAACUGGUGGUGGCUCUGAGUCACCUUGUCGUUCAAUACGAAAGCAAUUUCUGCACCGUGGCCCUGCAGUUCAUGGAAGAGGAGAAGAACUACCCACUGCCCUCUCCAGCCACCACAGAGGGUGGGAGUCUGACCCCCGUGCGGGACAGCCCCUGCACCCCCAGACUGCGCUCCGUGAGCUCCUACGGAAACAUCCGCGCCGUCACCACGGCUAGAAGCUUGAACAAAUCUUUGCAAAAUCUGAGUCUGACAGAAGAAUCCGGCGGCUCGGUGGCCUUCUCCCCUGGGAACCUGAGCACCAGCAGCAGCGCCAGCAGCACCCUGGGCAGCCCCGAGAACGAGGAGUACAUCCUGUCCUUUGAGACCAUCGACAAGAUGCGCCGAGUCAGCUCCUACUCCUCCCUCAACUCCCUCAUCGGAGUUUCAUUCAAUAGUGUUUACACUCAAAUUUGGAGAGUCUUGCUACAUCUGGCUGCGGAUCCCUAUCCAGAUGUUUCCGAUUUGGCUAUGAAAGUACUCAACAGCAUUGCCUACAAGGCCACAGUGAACGCCCGGCCUCAGCGCAUCCUCACCACCUCUUCCCUCACUCAGUCGGCACCCGCCAGCCCCACCAACAAGGGCAUCCACAUCCACCAGGCGGGAGGCUCCCCGCCAACAUCCAGUGCAAGCAGCUCCAGCCUGACCAACGACGUGGCCAAGCAGCCGGUCAGCCGAGACCUGCCUGCAGGCCGGCCAGGCACCACAGGCCCUGUGGCCGUGCAGUACACACCCCACUCCCACCAGUUCCCCCGGACACGGAAGAUGUUCGACAAGGGCCCAGACCAGACCACUGACGACCCGGAUGAUGCUGCCGGGCACAAAAGUUUCAUUUCGGCCACAAUGCAGACAGGGUUCUGCGACUGGAGCGCGCGGUACUUCGCCCAGCCUGUCAUGAAGGUAAUCCCGGAAGAGCAUGACCUGGAGAGUCAGAUCCGCAAGGAGCGGGAGUGGCGGUUUCUGCGAAACACCCGCGUCAGGAAGCAGGCGCAGCAGCUCAUCCAGAAGGGUAUCACAAGGCUGGACGACCAGAUAUUUCUGAACAGGAACCCUGGUGUCCCCUCCGUGGUCAAGUUUCACCCCUUUACGCCGUGUGUGGCCGUCGCUGACAAAGACAGCAUCUGUUUUUGGGACUGGGAGAAAGGGGAGAAGCUGGAUUAUUUCCACAACGGAAACCCUCGGUACACGAGGGUCACGGCCAUGGAGUAUCUGAAUGGCCAGGACUGCUCACUCCUGCUCACAGCCACAGAUGACGGUGCCAUCAGAGUCUGGAAGAACUUUGCUGAUUUGGAAAAGAAUCCAGAAAUGGUGACGGCCUGGCAGGGGCUCUCCGACAUGCUGCCCACCACCCGAGGUCUGGCCCGAAAGGUCUCAAUCUUUCUUGACCGCAGUAAGCAGGGAGGAGCUGGGAUGGUGGUGGACUGGGAACAGGAGACCGGGCUCCUCAUGAGCUCGGGAGAUGUGCGUAUCGUCCGGAUCUGGGACACGGAUCGUGAGAUGAAGGUGCAGGACAUCCCCACAGGCGCCGACAGCUGCGUGACGAGCCUGUCCUGCGACUCCCACCGCUCCCUCAUCGUGGCUGGGCUCGGCGACGGCUCCAUCCGCGUCUACGACAGGAGGAUGGCGCUCAGCGAAUGCCGCGUCAUGACAUACCGGGAGCACACGGCCUGGGUGGUGAAGGCCUACCUCCAGAAGCACCCUGAGGGCCACAUCAUGAGCGUCAGCGUCAACGGGGACGUGCGCUUCUUCGACCCUCGGAUGCCGGAGUCCGUGAACGUCCUGCAGAUCAUUAAGGGGCUGACGGCCCUUGACAUCCACCCCCAGGCAAACCUGAUCGCGUGUGGCUCCAUGAACCAGUUCACCGCCAUCUACAAUGGCAGCGGAGAUCUGAUCAACCACAUCAAGUACUACGACGGCUUCAUGGGCCAGCGAGUCGGCGCCAUCAGCUGCCUGGCUUUCCACCCGCACUGGCCUCACCUGGCCGUGGGCAGCAACGACUACUACAUCUCCGUGUACUCGGUGGAGAAGCGCGUCAGAUAGCGGCCCCUCCCCACAGGCCGCCAUGUACAUAGUGGACCCACCGCACUGCCCUGAGCACCUGCCUGACCUGGCUGCUGAGGGCUCGAGAGGGCCCGCACUGUCUGUCUGUCUUCGCUGUCACGCCCAGGAGCCCAGAGAAGGGGGCUCUGCUGGAGUCCUCGGUGUGAUGGUUGCUGCUCUGAUGAAACACAGCUCCUGGCCUGAGGACACAGUAGCUGUACAUCCCAGUCCCCUUCCCGUCCUGUUUUCUUCUGAGGUUUUUAAGGGGGAAACACUUGUUUUGUUUUCCGAGUGAUGCAUUAGUCCACAAAGGCUCCAGACGGAAGCCAGCCUCCCGGGGCUGCGCGCCGUGCCCCCUCCCCCCCACCCCCGGAAGUCCUCCUGGGGAUGGUCUGAGCGCACUGGAUGAGCUUGAGAUGGAGUGAAGGACAGAUGGAGGCGGCCUGCCACCCACUGGGUCCUCACCCCGGGCCCAUCCGGCCAAACGGCGAGGCCGAGCGUGCCCCUCCCCACACAGCCACCCUCCCCUCAGGCAGGACUUCCGUCUGAGUGUCAGCUGUUCUUGCUGCAGGUCUGUCAGCAAGAGGGGCCCUGGUUUGGAAGGAGAGACAGGUCCCGUGGGCCACAGAGCUUGUUUCUCUCAAGUGCUGCUCUUCCCCAGCAGGUGUGGGAACCGUGGCCUCCCCACCUGCACCCCACACGCAUCACACGAGCACACAUGGAGGGGCCACCAAGCCCCAAGAGUAUCGGGGUGAACGGUGCCACCCCAGCCCUCUGUCCCCACACAAAGGGGUGCAGCUCAUGCUUGCGAGGGACACGGGAGAGCUCCCGGGAGGGCAGCAGCUUCACAUAUGUCCAUGCACACGCGUCUGGGACGGCGCGCUGAGCAGCCACACCUGGAACACGAGACGCAGCCACAAUGAUAUUUUGAAAAGCAUUUUUUCCAUUUUCCUUGGGAAUCAGGAUUAUUCAGAAAUAGAGGGAUGAGCUGGCUUAGCUACUUCUGCCAAUAAGAGGCCAAUAAUAGUGAGAAUGUGAGGGAGAGCCAUGCUGUGGAUGUGGGUGGGCUUGGCGGGGCGCAGGGCUGGGCAAGGGGAACAGCCCUUCUGCAGCCCAUAGGCCAUGCCUGCUCCCCUGAGAAAGUUCCAGGACAGCGUCCGCCAUGUUCUGGGCAAGCGAGCAGCGUGGGGUCGGGGAUACCGCAGAAAGCUCAGCUCCCCCGCACACAGCCGGUCACCUCCACCCGGCGCUCCAGACGGCGACUUGGGAACCUUCCAGAAGCUGAGCUCCACCCACAGAUGCAGAGUUGACUACCCACAGCCAAUUCACGGAGCGGUUCCACUCCAGAUUUUGAGCUCAUAUGCGGUUCUGUUUGUUUUGAGACAAAACCAUCCCCUGGCCAAGUGCAGAGGCCCCGCAGAGGGGCUGUCUUCACAGGUCUGAUGCGAAAAUUCAAUCAUGAAGUUACAGAGUCUCGAGAGAGUGUGACCUAAGGGUUCAUUUAUCUCUAUUUAUUUUACCAAAAUGAGAAUUGAAAGACUUUGAUGAAACAUGGAAUUGUAAUACGAGAGUAAGAGCGAUAAACUGUUAAUAAAAGAUAAAUAUGCAGA